AGAGAGAGAGAGGGGAAGCGGCGGCGGGGCUGGUGAGGGGGAAGCUCCCAGGCUAGUCCUCUAAGGGUUAAUUAAGAGAGCGCCCCCCGCGGAGCCCAGAGGACUAGGAAUUGUUUACUGAGAGAGUUUUCAUGCAAACUAUAGUCUUUUUGCUCGGAAUGUAAUUGCGCCUGAUGGAGCCAUUACUUUGUAAUCAGAGCAGCUCCCCGGCUGCCUCUCCAGGGAUUAAUUAAAGGAUAAGGCAGAGCCCAUCAAGAUAAAGAAGGACCACCUGAAUACACCCCUAACCUCCCCACGGACCCUAGAGGGUAACAACUAGUGUUACUAAGAGCACUCGUGCUGCUUGGCACCGGCGGUUUACUUUAGCUCAGGAGUUUAUUAGGUUCCUAUACCGAGACAUGCGGAGCGAUCCAUCAGUGCUGCUCCUCCUCAUCAAUGUGCUGUGGCCUUGCAGCGGCACCAACUGCACGGGAACCUUAAACUGCUCUCAGCUCUCAUCAUGAAAGGGCUGCUGUAUGCGCGAGGUUAAAUGAACAGCAAAGGAAAUGUGUGUGUCGUGUUCUUCUUCUUCCCCUGCUGCUUCACAUGGACACAGACAGUCACUGACCGCUUUGCACGGAGCAACAUGAACACGCCGAGCCCUGCCAGGGACAGAUCAAUUAUUGGCCAUCACACAAUAAGGAAUAGGUUUCUUCAUCAUUAAAGAAACGAGAGAGGUAUUUAUGGGGUCCGUGACAAGAAAGUUGUUCUUCAUGGGAGGAGUCAUGCUUCACACGGCCACACCUUGCUGGCAUAUACUUUGUUUCGUGGCCAUGCUGUUGGUCUUUAUGGGAUCUGCUUUUGGUUGUCCAGCAAAGUGUGAGUGCUCAGCACAACAUAAAUCUGUCAGCUGCCAUCGUAGGCGUCUUUUGACAAUCCCAGAGGGCAUCCCUAUCGAGACAAAAAAUCUGGAUUUAAGCAAAAACAAACUAAAAAGUGUGAAUCCAGAGGAUUUUGUGUCCUACCCUCUUCUAGAGGAUAUAGACCUUAGUGACAACAUCAUAUCAAAUGUGGAGCCUGGAGCUUUUAAUAGUCAUUUCAACUUGCGUUCAUUGAGUUUAAAAGGAAAUAGAUUAAAACUAGUCCCCAUAGGGGUGUUCACAGGUUUGUCCAAUUUAACCAAGCUGGAUAUAAGUGAAAACAAAAUAGUUAUUUUACUAGACUACAUGUUUCAGGAUCUGCACAAUUUAAAGUCCCUUGAAGUUGGAGAUAAUGAAUUAGUUUAUAUUUCUCAUAGAGCUUUCAGCGGAUUGGUUAGCCUGGAGCAGCUUACUUUGGAAAAAUGUAACUUAACAGCAGUACCAACGGAUGCUCUUUCACACCUUCAUAAUCUUUACAGUCUUCAUUUGAAAUAUCUCAGCAUUAAUGUGUUGCCUCCAUUUGCCUUUAAAAGAUUGUUUCAUCUGAAAAUUCUGGAGAUCAGUUACUGGCCCCUUUUAGACUUGGUGCCUGCUAAUAGCUUGUAUGGUCUGAACCUCACAUUUCUGUCAAUCACCAAUACCAAUCUGUCUACAAUACCUUAUCAUGCUUUAAAACACUUAAUUUAUCUAACACACUUGAACCUCUCCUAUAAUCCUAUAGGCAUCAUUGAGACAGGGGUAUUUUCCGACUUGGUGCGCCUUCAAGAACUGCACUUGGUAGGAGCUCAACUGAGGACCAUUGAGCCACAUGCUUUCCAAGGGCUUCGGUUCUUGCGCUUGCUUAAUGUGUCUCAAAACCUGUUGGAAACUCUAGAAGACAAUGCUUUCCAAUACCCCAAAGCUUUGGAAGUUCUUUGCAUUGAUGAUAAUCCCCUAGUUUGUGAUUGCCGCCUCAUAUGGAUGUUACAGAGACACCCCAUGUUGCACUUUGGGAGCCAACAGCCUAUGUGUUCUAGCACAGACAAUUUAAAAGAAAGUUCUUAUAAGGUGCUAGAUGCUGCUGUAUUAUCUUUUUACUACACUUGUAAAAAGCCUAAAAUUCGAGAAAGGGAAUUGAUGCAGGUUCUUGUGGAUGAGGGGCAGAGGGUGCAGAUGAACUGCAAUGCUGAUGGAGAUCCACAGCCAAUGAUUUCAUGGGUGACACCACGGAGAAGGACAGUCUCUGCAAAAUCGAAUGGAAGAACCACAGUGCUCGGCAAUGGCACAUUAGAAAUCCGAUAUGCUCAGAUUCAAGACACAGGAACCUACAUUUGUGUUGCAAGCAAUGCUGCUGGAAAUGAUACUUCCUCAGCCUCGCUUACUGUCAAAGGAUUUGUCCCUGAUCGUUCCUAUACAAAUAUGACCCCAAUGUUUAUAACAGAGUUAAAUGAAACCAGCACCAAUGGUACUAAUGCAAACAUGCCUUUUAAUCUAGACCUUAAAACUAUCCUGGUUUCUACAGCUAUGGGCUGUUUCACGUUCCUUGGAGUGGUUUUGUUUUGUUUCCUACUCCUUUUCGUGUGGAGCCGAGGAAAAGGGAAACAUAAAGCCAACAUUGACCUGGAGUAUGUCCCAAGGAAAAACAAUGGUGCUGUAGUGGAAGCUGAUGUUUCAGACGCCGCACCCAGGAGAUUUAAUAUGAAAAUGAUUUAGCAGUUUACUGCUGCUAGCGCUUUCCUUUGGCACUGUUUGUAUCCACUAAAGCAACCUAGCACUUUUGGAUUGCUGGGUAAAGUCAGCCGAGUGCAGCUGUCACUGUGUCAAAUUGGUUUUGUGAAAUUGGAAAUACUGUCCAGUUCUUCAGCGAUGCCCUGUAACCGAAGGGCAGGAACAUGAAAGCAUUCUGUGGAGCUGUUUUAAUAAUUGUUUGCAUUGCAAAUAUUGGCAUUCUGGGGAUCUCAGUAAAGAAAAAAAAAAACUUUUGGAUCACGUUCAUGGACAAAUUAACCCAACAUUUUCUACCACUUAAAUAAAAAACAAAUACAAAAAAAAAAACAAAAAAAAAACCAAGACAAACCUACAGUGUAGGGUUUACAUAUAAAAUAACACACAUGUCCAAAACAUAUUCUGCAGUGUAAUUUGUAUCUAUGGAUAUCAUUUGUUUAAGCUGAGCUUCAUCCUUUUCUUGUUGAUUUCACACCACAAAAUAAAUUGAUACAGCUUACUUUAUAUGCAUACUAUGCCCAUCCUAAAGCAAUACAAAUGAGAGAUUGUGCUUUUUCUCCACUGAUAAUGGCUUUGGUGUGAUCAUUUUCUCAUAUAUAUAUGCCUCAUCUUGAAUAUCACCUGUGACUAAACUAUUACGUCUCUAAGGUACAGAGGCAAACACAAGGCUACACCACUAAAUGCCCAUUAUCCAAUGGUGUGUAAAAAGGACAGUGAUGGUUGUGGUCCCGUUAAUAUUUUAUAACAUAAUGCAUUUACAGCACGUCUCUGUAGGAAGUGGAUUUAUGAUAUCACUUAAGUUCCUAUAAAAUAUUAACAAACUGUACAGUUUAUAGAAUGAAUCAAAUUGAGUUGCGGAUCUAAUACUCACAGUUUACAUUUUUCUAAUAGAAACCACGUUCAGAAUACUUUAAGCAAAGUGAUCUUUAAGGUGAGAAACAGAUAAUUAAAACCUGUUCCACAAAGGGAGAUCCCUCCCCAUUCUUUUCCUUUCUUCCUUUUGUCUGAUAAAGUACAUUUUAUGGCUUAAAAACAUGGUUUGGUGUAUUAAUUGUGUUGUUAUUUAUAAAGACAUAUAACUGAUAUUUGAUACAGAGCUAAGUUAUUUUUUAUACUUGAUAUCACUCUCGACCAGGUUACUGUAUAAGAAAUAUAUGGUCUUUGUCAGAGGUUUGGAUUACGAUGAGUAACUGCCAGCUGUAGCCAUGUUUUACUUUGAGAGAGACAAAAGCAUAGACAUGCUUUUUAUGACCGUCACUAUGGGAUUGAUUUACAAACACAGGUGCUAAACUGCAAAAGAGCAGUUGACAAUAACAAUCGGUUGAUUUUGAACAGUCUACUACAAGAAAAUGAAAGCAAAGUCCUGAUUGGGUGUUACUGCCAACUGCUAGUGAUGGGCAAAUCUGACCCAUUCCGCUUCAUUGAAAAUAUGUGAAAUGGCAAAAUCUUUUGCUCAUCCCUAGAACUGCACUUCUGUAACUUAGCACCUCUGUUACUAAUGGAGAACUUAUAUGUUUGUUGAAAAGAAAGCUGGAGAAAAUGUACCUAUGAAUUUAGAUGUAUUAGCUAGAUAGCUAUAUAAACUAUAAUUCCAGGAAAGAAAAAUAAAAAUAUAUGCACAAAGCCAUUGAACACACGUGCUUUCUAACAGUAGCAGGACAAUGUUGUUUAGAAUAGAUGUUCAUAAUUCAAUUUUGCUGUCUCUGUAUGUUAAACUACAUACUAAUUAAAAGAAAUGAUGAAAAGUCAAAACAUUACGUUCUGAAUUCCCCAACAGGCAGUACAUAUAUUUUACAUUAACAAAGCAAAUGUACUGUAAAAUGGCAGUGCCGCAAUACAUUUGUAUGUGUCUUUAUGUGCUGGGAAAAGUAAUUUGCUUGCCUUCAUUAAUAAUAUGUCACAAAGGUUAAAACUAUGUAUAAUAACUUAUUGUAGAACCUCAUCCAUCACACAGAAGAACACCUACUGUAACUAUGCUAACAUUGGUUCAGAAAAGGGCAAUUGUUUAUUAAAAAAAAGUGCUUAUAUAUGUAAACUGUAUUCUUUUGUUAUAUGAAAAAAAAAAAGAUCUUUUCACCUUGACACACAAAUGUAGCAUAUUUUUUUUAACCAGAAAUCAAAAUCAAGAGAUGUCCAAUCUGCCCUCUCAAUUAAUGUCAAAGUACAACUCUCAGGAUGCACAGAUGUUUUUUUCUGGCCCAAACACUAGAGGGCAGCAGCUUGGGCAUCUCUAGGCUUUAUGUGGAUGUUGGUGCUGUAUCGAGCCAAAACUAACUGGUGACCAUCUCAAACAACAACAUUUUUGUGUUGUGUUCCAAAUAUAAAGGAAUGUUUAAUAGAAUCAUGUGACACAUUGAAAAUCACUAUUCUGUAAAAGUGUGCAAGCCCACCACUUAUAUGGAUAAAGGAUCAAAUUAAAGGGUUUGUCCCUUUUUUGGAGGAAGUUGGUAUGCUUUGCCAGGAGAUACUACUGUAGUGCAUUGCAUCUUUAAUUAGUAGUUUUAUAUUGAAUGUACUGAUUUAUGACCUGGCCAUAGCACCAUGAUAAUUUAACCACUUCAUACUGUGGGGGUUAUGUAAUAAAAUACACUUUUUGCUCAUGAUCAGUAACCCAAUAUAAGCAAUCAGCAGGUAGAAUUUACUGGUCACCUGUUUAAAAACAAACAUCUCUGGUUGCUAUGGGUUACUGCUCCUGUGCACACUUAGUAUCUUUUAUUACAUACCUUUUUUCAACAGUAAUUUUGAAUAGAAUUUACAGGACAAAGGAAGAAAGUUAUCCUACACGCUAAGGCAUAAAAAACACUGAUCUUCAGGCCUCAUCCUUAAUCUGUGGGUAUGUGGAAUUUGAUCUUAAUAGUCCUUCCAAUGUCCCUUCUUCAGUUUUUCAUUCAAUCCAUCUAGCAAAUCACAAGUCCUUCUCAAGUUAUUUAAGCACUUUAUAAGGUUACUGGACAACAAUUAGGCAAUUAUCUUGCUACACUCAUGAAAGGUCAAAAAUGUAUUUAAUGGACAUAAGAAUACCAAAGACAGAGGGAUUAUGGGUGUGUUGAACCCUGCAGUUUAAAACACAGCAAUCAUCACUGAUGAGUAUAUUGGCUUUCAUAUUUUUUUUUAUAUGAAAUUCCAACUUCUGAAAAUAAGAACAGAUUAGCAGACUGACUCAUCCUGUUGUGAAGCAGUGAAGCAAGUGGGCUGGUGCUAAUUUUGUUUGCAAGUACUGUGAAAAAUGUGAUCAAGCAUUUGACCUUCACGAGAAAAUAACUUCCGAAUUUUUGAGAAUCUAUGGGAAUUAAUUGUCAUCUUUUACAGCAUCAUGUUUUACGUAAUAAUUAAUGGUGUGACAACAUUUCUGGAAUUAUAUCUUUAAGUAAAAGCACCAUAAGUAUUGUCUUAUUUAAGGCCUGCUCUAAUAAUUCAAAUGUAUUUAUUAUUUGGAGAUAAUAAUUUACCUAGUAAUAAUGUACUACAGCAGGGGUGACAGUGGCUGUUGUAGUUCAUACCACUUAAAAUUGCUUGAAGUAAAGGAAACCUAGCCUACAUUAGUCAUACAAUUAUAUAGGAAAAAGACAAGGAACCCCCUCAACAGAGCAGCAGCCAAUUAAAUAUAUCAGGUAAAAACAUAUUGCUUUCUGAUCACAACAAAACUAAUAACCUACAGAUUUGAUUUUAUGAUCAGUUUUUCCCAUGGCCUUUACUGUAACCCACUCAUCAACCUUUACAGGAAAGAAACAUUUCCCAUACUUUCGAACAGUUGAAAUGAAAAAAAAAAAAAGGAAUAACGGAGCAAUUUAAGCCAUGCUCAAAACUUCACCAAUUUACAUCCAGACACACCCCUGAUCUGCCCAAAAGCUAGCCCAUUUGGUGAGCCCUAGCUGUAUGUGGGCCUGAUAUUUAGGACUGUCCAGUGGGAAUCACUUACCUUAAUAUCAUGUACCUUACAUGCAAAAAUGUUGAUGAUGUAUAAAAUAAAGCUAAACUGACUCUGUCA